AUGUAUGUGAGGUCCCAUAUUUCGUUGAUUGAGACGGACUGUGCAUCACUUGCCCGUUUUUGGUUUCGACGACAGUUGAGAGGACGAGCUGGUAUUGUAGUUGAUCGGUCGUUUAGAGUUGAAGUCGUUGUGGACCAUCUACUCUGUGUGGUGGCUGAGCAGUUAAUCCUUGGACCUGUCGUUCCAGCGUCGUGCCAGAAACGACUCCCCCAACCGCUUCACCGCCAGUACGAGUCGCGUUUGUGUGGAAUCUUGGAUGACAACAGAUGCAGCUAUGGCAGCGUUCUUCCGCAUCGGACUGCCAAACGAUCCAAGAAUAUUUACAGCGAUCGUUUCAUUCCGUCGCGGCUCACUACAAAACUAGAUACUGACUUCGAACUUACAGCGGAUUCGCCGCGCCAAUGCAGAAAUCAGAACUGUGAUAACUGCGCGUGCCAACGCCAGGGUGGCUUUGUACCAAGUUUUUCUCCUGCAGGCACUAGCAGCUCGGUGGACUGCAAUCCAAAAGCUCAAGGAACACAGGAUGGAUCUUCAUCAUCGUACUCGAAGAUGCUGAAAAGAGAACUGUUCGGCAUGCAUUUGCCAACGCGCGCAGACUUCAGCGCCGGUCAAUCUUCUGCCACCCUGAGCGUGGCUAGUCAUGAUAGCGCGAUGAACGACACAGGGUCUUUUUCGUACGUUCGGGCUUAUGAUGGCAGCCCGGCAUGCACAGGACCAAGCGGCACUUCGUCCCGCAAUAUUCUACGGUUCAAAGCUCCCCGACGAUUGGUGUACGGUGACGUGCAACCCUUCAUCCCUCGUUCGGGACUGACUGACUCUGCACAGCGGUUUCUUGGUGCAGGUUGGCAUGGUAGAGAAAAUCGCCGUCGACGUAUUGCACGCACGCCCUUCAAAGUGCUGGAUGCACCAAUGCUGCAGGAUGAUUUUUACCUGAAUCUCGUAGAUUGGUCGGCCACAAAUAUCGUGGCAGUAGGAUUGAGCUCCUGUGUGUAUCUUUGGAGUGCCUGCACCAGUAAAGUCACGAUGCUAUGCGACCUUGGGCCUAGUGAUUCCGUCACAUCUGUCAGCUGGAGCCAAAGGGGAACACAUUUGGCAGUUGGAACCAACAGCGGCAAUUUGCAGGUCUGGGACGUCAGCGCCGCCAAAAUAAUUCGUAUCAUGACUGGACAUUCAGCUCGUGUCGGGACGUUGGGCUGGAAUGGCCAGUUGUUGGCAUCUGGAAGUCGGGAUCGCACCAUUCUGAUGCGUGACCUACGAACACAGGAGCCAUUUCAGAACAAACUUGCAGGUCACAAGCAGGAGGUGUGCGGCCUGAAAUGGUCCUUUGAUGGUCGGCAGUUGGCCUCAGGAGGGAAUGACAACAAACUGCUGAUCUGGAAUGUGCAUUUAAUGUCUUCGGGUCUACGCGAGGAUGCCACGACACCUUUGGCACGAUUUAACGAACACUCAGCGGCUGUAAAGGCCAUUGCAUGGUCACCACAUCAGCACGGACUUUUGGCUUCCGGUGGCGGUACCGCUGAUAGAUGCAUUCGCUUCUGGAACACACAAUCACUGACAGCAUUGCCUUUCGUGGACACUGGAUCACAGGUGUGUAACCUCAUGUGGUCAAAGAAUGCCAACGAGGUGGUGAGUACGCACGGUUACUCGCUGAACCAGAUUAUCGUGUGGAAAUAUCCGACAAUGACUAAGCUAGCUACGCUGACCGGGCAUACCUUUCGUGUGCUUUACCUGGCCAUGUCACCGGACGGCCAGACAAUUGUCACAGGAGCUGGAGAUAAAACUCUGCGGUUCUGGAACGCAUUUCCGAGCACAAAAACCCAACGUCGAAGUCGUUUUGGGACAGAUUUGAUGCUGCCAUUGAGGGUAGGCAGUGAAAUUCGGUAA